AUCCCAUCCCUUCUUGCUCGGCGAAAGAUUUGCCGACACGUGCACACACGUUUCGUUUUUGUAUACACAUGAAUGUCACAAUGAAAAAAUUUCAUAAUAUGUUUAAACUAUUUGAUUCUUUGAUCAAAUAACGAGUGUCAUGAUUUUGAACUUCCAAAAUUGUUGUGCUCUGUGUACGAAGAAAAUAUUUCAAUAAAAUCUCCCAGUUUAAGAACUUUUAAUAUGGAGAAAAUCAAGGAAAUGUUGGCAAUGAAUUUCCCUCUGUUUAUCAAUAUAUUGAUGUCAAUUGUUGCAUAUUUUGCAACAAGUAGAUUGAUUCCCAGCAUGGAAAACAUGUUUAUAAAAGCAAAUCUUUACGGUGUCGAUAUGAACAAAAAGUCUACUAAAAAAGUGCCAGAAGCUCUAGGUGUUGUUAGCGGUUGUGCCUUUCUCGUAACUAUGUUUCUAUUCAUACCGAUUCCGUUCUCCGAUUAUAUCUUAAAAAAUGCAGAUUUCCAGUACAGCGAGUUUAUUGAUAUGCUAGCUGCACUUUUGUCAAUUUGUUGUAUGGUUUUGUUAGGUUUUGCUGAUGACGUCCUAGAUUUACGUUGGAGACACAAAUUACUUUUACCCACUGUGGCUUCGUUACCACUUUUGAUGGUGUAUUUUGUGAAUUUCAAUUCAACAUUAAUUAUCGUUCCAAAACCUCUAAGAGCGUGGUUUGGUUUUUCUGUAAACUUGUACAUUCUUUACUAUGUGUAUAUGGGAAUGCUAGCUGUUUUUUGUACCAACGCCAUAAACAUACUUGCUGGCAUAAACGGAUUAGAAGUUGGACAGAGUUUAAUAAUAUCUAUAAGUAUUAUAAUUUUCAAUGCAAUUGAAUUGACUGGAGAUAUGUGGAAAGCACAUAUAUUUUCCAUGUAUUUUUUGAUUCCAUACACGUCGACAUCUCUGGCGCUUUUGAAAUAUAAUUGGUACCCAUCACAAGUAUUUGUAGGUGAUACAUUUUGCUAUUUAUCUGGAAUGACUUUUGCUGUUGUUGGAAUAAUAGGGCACUUCAGUAAAACGACACUGUUAUUUUUCAUUCCUCAAAUACUGAAUUUUGUAUACAGCGUUCCACAACUUUUUCAUCUGGUGCCUUGUCCGAGACACAGACUACCCAAAAUUAAUAAAGAAACUGAUACUUUGGACCCAAGUAAAGUGGUUUUUAAUAAAUCUGAGCUCAAUAUAGUAGCAAAACUUAUAAUGAGAAUUUACCGAAUAUUUCGUAUAGUGGAAUGGAAAGAAGACGGCGAUACAGUUAUCUGCAAUAAUUUAACUUUGAUAAAUUUUGUACUAAUCUUAACUGGACCAAAGAAUGAACGAACAUUAACAACGAUUUUGAUAGUUAUACAGAUAAUAUGCAGUGUGCUGGCGUUUACAAUAAGAUAUCCACUAGCUUCCUUGUUCUAUGAUGUAUAAACAAUAAAAAAAUGUACAGACUGAA